CGGGAAACUGAUUUCUCCGUGAACAGCUACUGGCCGAACAUCGGCCUUAUGUAAGGAGAGAGGUCUUCCUGGCAAGAGUUCUGCAAUUCAGUAAGAGAAAUGGCUGUGCCUCCCACGUACGCCGAUCUUGGCAAGUCCGCCAGGGAUGUCUUCACCAAGGGCUAUGGCUUUGGCUUAAUAAAACUCGAUUUGAAAACGAAGUCCGAGAAUGGAUUGGAAUUUACCAGCUCAGGCUCGGCCAACACAGAGACCACCAAAGUGAACGGCAGCCUGGAAACCAAGUACAGGUGGACCGAGUACGGGCUGACGUUUACGGAGAAGUGGAACACGGACAACACCCUGGGCACGGAGAUCACCGUGGAAGACCAGCUCACUCGUGGACUGAAGCUGACCUUUGACUCAUCCUUCUCGCCUAACACUGGGAAAAAAAAUGCUAAAAUCAAGACAGGGUACAAGAGGGAGCAUAUCAACCUAGGCUGUGACGUGGACUUUGACAUCGCUGGGCCCUCGAUCCGGGGCGCUCUGGUGCUUGGUUACGAGGGCUGGCUGGCUGGCUACCAGAUGAAUUUUGAGACGGCGAAGUCCCGAGUGACCCAGAGCAACUUUGCAGUUGGCUAUAAGACGGAUGAAUUCCAGCUUCAUACUAACGUGAAUGACGGGACAGAAUUUGGGGGCUCCAUUUACCAGAAGGUGAACAAGAAGUUGGAGACUGCUGUCAACCUCGCCUGGACAGCAGGAAAUAGUAACACUCGCUUUGGAAUAGCAGCCAAGUAUCAGGUCGACCCUGAUGCCAGCUUUUCGGCCAAAGUGAACAACUCUAGCUUGAUUGGUUUGGGGUACACUCAGACCCUGAAGCCAGGUAUCAAACUGACGCUGUCAGCCCUGCUGGAUGGCAAGAACGUCAAUGCAGGUGGCCACAAGCUCGGUCUAGGACUGGAAUUUCAAGCAUAAGUGAAUAUUGUACAAUCAUUAAAUUUUAAACUAUUUUGCAGCAUAGCUACCUUCAGAAUUUAGUGUACCUUUCAAUGUUGUAUGUUGGGGAUUCAAGAAUUGAUGAAUACCACGUUAGACCUCCAGGCUAAGGAUGACUCGGCUUUAAGGUGUUUACCAUUUCAGAGUACAGCAGAAACUCCAUUCCAGAUGGGGUCCUUUCAGCUGUGGGCGUGGCUUGGGGAGGAGCCAGGCAGCAAGAGCAGGCUGGGAAUGUGCGGGCCCUUUUGUAAGUCUGUCCCCAGAUGACAUUGUGACUUCCCGAGCACCGAACCCUGGUGUCCCGAUCCUCACUGCUGGGAAGCAUGUGCACACCUAUGUGACACAGACGUUUUAGACAGAGCGUCACGCCCUGUUCCCAUCCUAGCCCAUCAGUUACCUGUUUUACACCAAAAGUAGUCUUCAGGGUGUGGUUAGCUAUUUCUUUUGUGCCAUUUUAGGGUGGAGAGGGUGGGCAUGAUGGAGCCAGUCAUUCAGGACUUAAUCCUUCCUUGUGUUGUGGUGUGGUUUUCUUUUCUUUUUUUCUUUCUUCUUCUUCUUUUUGUUUUUUAAAUUCCUUUUAUUUUUUGCCACUGCACCAGAGUAUGAAAUAACUUCCGGUUUUUCCAGCUCUGUGCUGGGUAGGUGAUUGUGGUCACACCCUGACAACACUAGGGAUGUAGACUGACUUCUGUUAUAGCCUCACCACUCUAUUUUUUAGUAGUUUAAUGGGUACAUUAUAGAGUCUUCCAUUUUGUGUGGAAUUAGCUCCUCCCCUUCAAAUGCUGUAAUUAACAUCACUUAAAAAAAUAAAACUUGAAUAAAAUAUUGAAACCUCA